AUGAUGGCGGCAACACUUGACCAGUCGCAGCGUGACUCGCUCGCGGCUGGCUCCAUCCUCGAUUCCGCCUCGAUCACACCGCCGCACAGUGCCACGGGCAAGAAGGAAGUGCCCGAAGGAGUGCCUUCCGAUUUAUCUGAUCUUGAGCUUGACCAGCGAACUGCACCAGAGCUCGAUACAGCCAAGAUCGAUACCGAUAUGGAAGGGACAGAGCAGAAAGCCGAGGAGGUUGAAGAAAUCGAACCCGAUCAUUACUAUGGAGGCGGCAAGGUUCCUGUUUUCAAGCCGACGAUGGACCAAUUCCGUGACUUCCAGGGGUUUAUCAAUAAGAUCGACAAAUAUGGCAUGCAGGCAGGCAUCGUUAAGGUGAUUCCUCCAAAGGAAUGGUCCGAGUCGCUUCCACCGCUCGAUGAGGCAGUCAAGAAAAUCCGGGUGAAGAACCCCAUCAUGCAAGAAUUCCACGGAUCCUACGGCACAUACACCCAGGCCAACAUCGAACGCCAACGCUCAUAUAAUCUUCCCCAAUGGAAGGGUCUUUGCGAAGAAAGCAGCCACCAACCACCUGCACGUAGGGGAGAGAGACGCCGAAACCAAGAACGCGUCAAUCGUGCCGCCCCAACUCCGCGGCCUCCGUCUGCCCGCCCAGAGGGCCAGAAGCGCCGACCAGGCCGUCCUCCGAAGCGGUCAAAUCAGUCUAAGAUCAAGGAAGAACCUCCUGCCGAUGAUGCCGAAAAGUCCAGACUGGAGGGUCCUCCGACGCCUGUAUCACCCGAGACCAAUCCCGUGCAGCCGAAGACCGAAGAUUUGAGUGAAGGCGAGUCCCUGCCUACCACAAAACCAAAGGGACGACAGCCUAAGUCUGUGACCUCCCGUCGCAAGAAUAACCGCGGGGAGACCGCGGAACAGGUCGACGAGGAGGCGUACAAGGGCUUUGAUUACCGAAUCCAGGACCACGAAGAAUAUACCGCAGAAAGAUGCGAGGAGCUUGAGACGAAUUACUGGAAGUCCCUCAUGUACAACAAUCCCAUGUACGGUGCAGACAUGCCAGGUUCGCUCUUCGAGGAUUCUACCGAAACUUGGAAUGUGGCCAAAUUGCCGAAUCUCCUCGACGUAUUGGGGCAGAAAGUACCUGGAGUCAACACUGCCUAUCUUUAUCUGGGAAUGUGGAAGGCUACCUUCGCUUGGCAUCUGGAGGAUGUGGAUCUGUACAGCAUCAACUACAUCCAUUUCGGCGCCCCAAAGCAAUGGUACAGCAUCUCCCAAGAAGAUGCACCUCGGUUUGAACAGGCCAUGCGCAGUAUCUGGUCUAGCGAUGCAAAGAAUUGCGAUCAGUUCCUUCGUCACAAAACCUACCUCGUCUCGCCUAGUCUGCUCAAAUCACAAUAUGGAAUUACGGUCAACCGAUUGAUCCAUUAUGAAGGGGAGUUUGUCAUCACCUUCCCAUACGGGUACCACUCUGGAUACAACCUCGGAUACAAUUGCGCAGAGUCAGUCAAUUUCGCGACCGAGCAGUGGUUAGACUAUGCUCGCAUCGCAAAAAAGUGCCAUUGCGAAGCAGACAGUGUCUGGAUCGACGUGGAUGAGAUCGAGCGCAAACUACGUGGUGAGAGCACACCUGAAUACUAUGGUGAAUUCGAAAACGAGUUCGAUGGGUUCGAGGGUCCUACCGACCUUCUUACACCACCGCGCAGUGUGCCUGAGAAGACAUCCACUCGUGGCCGAAAGCGGAAGAACCCGGAUGACGGGCCGAGCACCAAACGACCCAAAAUCCACCCCGCUGGACCGCGGAAGCUACCAUGUUUGCUCUGUCCUAAUGACCUGGACUACGAGGAUCUUCUUCCGACGGAAGAUGGCAAAGGACACGCACAUAGGCGGUGCGCAGCUUUCAUCGAAGAGACCACAAUUCUCCAUGAUGCGUCCGGCCGUGAAGUUGUGUGUGACAUUGAUAAGAUUCCCAAGGCUCGUCUGGGUCUCAAGUGUCUAUUUUGCCGCGAAGUCCGCGGUGCCUGUUUCCAGUGUAACUUUGGCAAAUGCACGCGCGCUUAUCAUGCAACCUGUGCCCUCUUGGCUGGCGUACAGGUUGAACAUGGUGCAAUUGCCGUGAUCGCCGAUGAUGGCUGCCAAUAUUCAAUCCCGAGCGUCGAUCUGAAAUGCAAAUUCCACCGUCAAAAGCGACCGAGUGGAGUCCUCAGUGAAUCAUCCGACUUGGAUCGCCGUGUGAUUGAAUCAGCUCGUCGAUUGGUCCAAGGAAAUUUGAUUCAAUUCCAAGCCGACAAAGAAAUUAAUGGCGCCAUUGUCCUUGAGAACCGUCAUUCGGAGCGAAGUCUUUUGCUCAAGGUACUCCCAAGAGGGGACGUGAUCGAAAUGCCUUAUCGCUGGAUGCUCGUUGUUCGCAAGAGCAAUUUUAUCCCCCUCGGACUUGGAAUUCAACCCCUCCCAGCCCACCUAGCGCGAAAGCCCGAACAGCGAAAAGAGUUAGAAUCAGCGGUACCGGCGGCAGGAAGUGCAUUUGGCGAUGCGGGAUCUCCCUAUCAGUGGGCCGAAUUCGAGACGGUGGAUGCAACUAGGAACGAAUUUGCCCCACUCAGUACGGUCAACCUCCAGCCGGGCGAACAAAUGUGGUAUUAUUUGGGCGCGCAGUCCACCGAGAGUAGGGCACAGUAUACACACAACCCUAGCGUGUCCAUCCACAACCCUCGGGCCAAUUUCCUGGACAGCGUCAAGUCGCUUGGCGUUGGAGUCACCGCUCGUGCAUCGAAGAUCUCACCCCACCACCAGUUUCAUUAUGCUGCCACCGCCCCUGCCCCUCCCUACCAGCGAAACCUGCAAAACCAGCAAAAUCUUUACCAACAAAAACAUCAAUCGAAUGUCAACUCCCCUCACCUACAAUCCCGACCGCCCUCUUCUGCCUUGCAGCACCUCGCCCCUCCCCCUCCCCCUAUCCCUGCUGCCCGUGCUGCUGCUGCUGGAGCUCCUGCGAUGCCGUCGGCCUUUCGAACUCUACCCAAUCAGUCUGCCCGUCAUGCACCCUACCCUUCGGUCGCCAAGUCGCACGCUCAGCAGCAGCAUCACCUGCCAUCUACCAGUACCUUCGCCAAUGUCCGCGAACUUAUUGCCCGCCGCCGCCUAGCCCAGAUUACCGACCAUGCCAAUGUCUUCGCCGGUUACAACAUCGUCAGCCCGGAAUUGGUCGUCGAAACUCUGCUGGGUCCUAUGGGCUCAAUACCACCCGCCAAUGGACUCGAGAAAUUGGAGCUGGCCAUGGCCCAGCAACGGGUGCAGCCGCGGGCUGCGGAUGGGACUCUGCUGCCACCCCAGACUCUGAACAUGCGGUCGGAGGAGGUCACUCGACUCCUUCAGAUGCUCCGGUUCUCGCUGGUCAGCCACCGUGAGCGACUGGAUGUGAUUCAAAAGAAGGAGUCGGAGGGCAUUAAGCUGGAGACCAUUGAUCGUGGCAGCGUGGCGGCGGCUAAGAUGCCGGGGAAAUAUGCCUACCUUGAUCAACAGCGGUCAUUGGCACCCAAUGUCUACCAGUCGCCCUACAACAUGCCGUCGGGCCUCUCUGAAUAUGCCAAGAGCACAUAUGGAUUGGUUCCUGCGGCCGAUGACCCGCCAAAGGUCUCAUUGGCCAAUGAUUACUUCGACAGUUUGUCGCCAGAGCUUCAGCAGAAGAUCGUCAAGGCCUGUGGUAGUUCCGUGCAGCGAGCCAUCGCGCGAUCAACCAGUCACAGCCGGCAAAGUUCAUCCUCAAAUCUCCGGUUGUCAGCCGCUUUGGCCCAGCAAACGGAGAAUCCGACCAUCGACAUCACCACGGUGGAGGACCCUCCCAUGUUGUCUGGUCUUGACAUGCCACUCCACGCAGAUUCUCCAUGCUCCAGUUUCGGUCGGUCGCAUCUGCGAUUCCAGUCGCCGAAUGAGUUCCCCAUCCAUGGACCGGACCCCCAUCCUGACCACCACGAUCUCUUCGGAGAUCAACAAGCGAACACUCGUUUCUGGCAGAACGGGCCGUGGGUCACUGGUGAUGGCAACACUCCGAAUGAAGAGCACCGGCCAUUCUUCGGUCCACAUAUCUUCGGACCGCACGAACGACUGAAACAUGACUAUGCAUCAUCCGACGUAUCCAUGGGCAAGGGACCUGGAUCCUUGCACUCCGUUGACAUGGCAGGCUUUGGCCCCGAUCUAAACGAUGACCUCGGCCUGAGUCCGUAG